CUGCUUCCGGGGCGGAGACACAUCUGUGCAGACCGCCGCUUCCUGACGUUUGUUGCCGCCAAAGCUUGAACAACAAGGAGCCCGCUCCCGGCAGCAGCUGCAGCAAUAAGCCUCUGUAAACGACAAGGAAGACCCGUUUAUUUGCUGAAAAUGGCUUCUACUCCGAAGAGACCCUGCCCCGACUCCACGGAGAAAAGGAUAAAGCGGAUUUCACUGGAGGGAAAUAUCGCGGCGGGAAAAUCUACCUUCGUGCACCUUCUGGAGCAGGAGAGCGCGGAUUGGGAGGUGGUACCGGAGCCCAUCGCCAGGUGGUGCAAUGUCCAAACAAACGGCAGCGACUUCGAGGAGCUGACCACAUCUCAGAAGAGUGGCGGGAACGUAUUGCAGAUGAUGUAUGAGAAACCGGAGAGGUGGGCCUACACUUUCCAGAGCUACGCCUGUAUCAGCAGGGUGCGUUCCCAGAUCCGGUCAGCCAACGGGAAGCUGAAAGAAGCUGAGAAUCCCGUGCAGUUCUUCGAGCGGUCCAUCUACAGUGACAGGUACAUCUUUGCGGCCAACCUCUACGAGAACGGGUGCCUGAAUGAGACUGAAUGGGCUGUGUACACGGACUGGCAUGGCUGGCUCCACAGCAAGUUUGGCAAGCACAUCGAGCUGGACGGUAUCAUCUACCUCAGAGCUUCACCUGAGAAAUGUUUAGAGAGGUUGCACCUGAGAGGCAGAGAAGAAGAGCAAGAAAUCCCUCUGGAGUAUCUAGAGAAGCUCCACUUUAAGCACGAGAGCUGGCUGCAGCACAAGACCAUGACUAUGGAGUUUGAGUAUCUCAGUGAUGUGCCAGUCUUGACCAUAGAUGUGAAUGAAGACUUUAAGGGAAACGAUACCAAGAAAGCUGACAUGAUUGAGAAGGUGAAAGAGUUCUUGAGCACUUUGUAAAGAUGGAAAAAAAUAGACGGUGCCCCUAGCAAGAAAAAUUGGAUGUAGCAUUACAUUUAAAACAAUGAAAUGCCUAAACAGUGACAAUAUUUUUCUAUACAGUCAUUAAAAAUGAUCUGGUCAGAUGCAUUUAAAAAAAAAAAAAAAAAAAA